AGUAAUCAGCGACUCAUCAUGCAUAUUGUUUGGUUCACUGUGAUGACAUCUAACGCUGCCUUUGCUGCCUCUUCUCAGGUGUAUGUUUCUGAGGAGAUUGGUCAUCAGUUUGUUACCAUGGAUUGCAAAAGAAGGGGUAGCAGGGAUGAUAACCGCUGGCUUCAUGAUAUGAUCGAAAGAGAUUGUCACAUCCCAAGGGUUUGUCAGGAACUGCUUUCGUUCCUUUACAGCCGAGGAGAUGCUCUGAUGUUUAAUCGAACCUUUCACAUGUGCCUGUGGUGGAUGCUAUCGCUCAAUUCCAUGUGUAUGUCUGAUGAGAGCCUCUCCCAGUACAACAGCUGCCUGAAUGAAGCCAAUGGUUACCGAAUCUAUAACUGCGAUCUGGAUGUGAUGCCCUACAUGUAUUCCGACCCUUUGUCGAAGAACAGGUAUCUAAUUAUGCUCAAGGAUGACGUGAAGGAUACAAACGUGAUGGAAUUAUGUACCGAUGGCGGAGACCUCUCAGGACACUGCCUAAGGAUGUACAGCAGCAAUUACUUCAAAGGAGUGCUUGUUUCAUCGAGCUUUGAGGGACUUGACCAUUUAUUGAAGAAAUAUACUGACAUGGUACAGCAUGUGGAAGUAGAUGGAGUAAUUCAGAUUGCACUAUCUGGGACCCAGACGGAAGCACCUUGGGGUCUGGACCGAAUUGACCAGUUGCCAGGGGUGAAGGAGCCAUUCAACAAUGAGUACAGCUAUUCCUUUGAUGGCACUGGUGUCAAUGUUUACUUAUUUGACACGGACAUAAGGACGACACACUUGGACUUCAGAUACCUUAAUGGGGAUAAGACAGGGUUGAACUUCGGCCAAAAUGCUUCCUCUUCGAGGGCACAAAAUGCAGUGAACCUCCUUGAAGACGUUCCUAAAGGACGUCCCUGCAAUGGCCAUGGAACACAUACUGCAGCAGUUGUUGGAGGCCUCAAGAGUGGAGUGGCAAAAGGUGCUUUGAUUCGUGCAGAGGUCGACCCUACCCUUGGGGACGCCUCCCAGGACCUCGAGCUUCGGGAUGUCAUCCUGUACCAUUUGGAUGAUAAGACUGUCCCGAUGGCCGACCACGUGCAGAUGGCGAUGGUCGCCAUGCCCCGUGCUUGCAGUCGGCUUGCACAGGCUGGCGCCGACACGUUGGCUAUUCCUCAGGUAGACCUCCCGCAUGGUCUCGUCCCUCUUCGCGAAGCCUUAUCCCCUGAGGAGCGCGCCACCCUUGAGGCCCAUCGCGGUUGCCUUCAUUGCCGCCAGGAUGGACAUACCUCCUCACGGUGUCCAUACCAUGCCACCCUCGUUCGGCACUAUGCUGACAUUUCUGGUCAGCGUCGAUCUCAGUCCCCCCUUCAGCCCCGCCCGACCAAUCCCAUCCAACUAGCCACGAUGCACUGUACCGUUGAGGCCUCGCACGUAGCCGGCUUCCCGACCAUCGAGUUGCGGUUUACCCCUUUGGCUACCACGCCAGAGGAUCCUCAUGACACGACAAACGCAGUUCCCUCUGCCCCGCCGUUUGACAAGGUAUAGUCUGCCCGACCGCAGACCGCCGCAUUUAGUCCUUCCCCUUCGAGACUUCUGAUGCGCCGUGCCAUUCACACAGC